GCUUAAACUGUUUUGUUCGUCGCUUCUUUUCUAUAGCCGACCAUCCACGGUCGUUUUGAAUCACUAGUCGUCCAGCUUUUCCCCUGGCAAGUUUGAAUAAAAAUUUAGGAUUUCACUACAGAAAAAAGAAAUGGCACAAUCAAGCGUUAUCGUGUGGAUGAUUGUGUUGGCGUUUAUCUCUGCUGAAGUGUCUGCCUUCGCGAAGCUGAUUGAUAGACCUCUUGGUGAAAAGGUGGGAAUAACAUUGAACAAAAUACCAGAAUCAUUGCACGACAGCGAAGCAAAAACUGUUGCUAACGAGCUUUCGGAAACUCAAGUCAUUUCUGUAAACGACGAGUUGGCUAUAGUUUCUCAACUCCUUGACCGUGUUCCUCUUAUCGACGGGCACAAUGAUUUACCGCACGUGAUUCGAUUACUGGCUGAAAGUCGAUUGGCUAACUUCAAUUUGACAGAUCUUUCGGAUAAAACACCUUGGAGUUCUGAUCCCACAUCACAUACGGACAUUGUCCGUCUCCGUAAAGGGAAAGUUGGCGCUCAGUUCUGGGUGGCCUACACCAACUGCAAAACUCAGCACAAUGACUCCCCUCAAAAGGCCCUUGAGCAAAUUGAUCUCAUCUACCGCUUCAUCGACCUUUAUUCGGACACUUUCCAACUUGCCACCACGGCGCAAGAGAUUGAAGAUGUAUUUGGUACUGGCAAAAUCGCCAGCCUAAUUGGUGUUGAAGGUGGUCACGCUAUGGGCAAUUCGCUCAGUAUUUUGCGUAUCUUUUAUCGACUCGGAGUGCGAUACAUGACCCUCACUCAUUCUUGCCCUACCCCAUGGGCCGAUAAUUCUCAGCUAGACAAUCCAGGUCAGGAACCUAUUCACGACGGACUUAGCGGCUUUGGAGAAGUGGUCGUGCAAGAAAUGAAUCGUUUGGGAAUGAUGGUGGACAUUUCGCAUGUGUCAGUUGCGACGAUGGAAGACGUGUUAAACGUGUCAAAAGCACCCGUGAUUUUUAGCCAUUCGGGAGCUUUUUCUGUCUGCAAUCAUACUCGAAACGUUCCCGACCAUAUCCUUCGUCGUCUGGCGAACAAUGGUGGCAUAAUCAUGGUGGCUUUUUAUAAUGAAUUCCUCUCGUGCGGAAAAUCGGCCAAUAUCAAAGACGUCAUUCGUCACAUAGAACACAUUCGUAACCUCAUCGGCGCGGAUCAUAUUGGACUAGGAGGUGACUUUAACGGAGUUGACAGGGUUCCCACUGACCUAGACGAUGUAUCAAAAUAUCCCAACAUCUUCGUCGAAUUAUUACGCCUUGGGUGGAGCGAAACGGAUUUAGAAAAACUGGCUGGCACAAACAUGCUACGUGUUAUGCGUCGCGUUGAAGAGGUUAAGCAAGAACUUGCUUUUACGGAGCCCAUUGAAGAAUGGAUUCCAAUAGAAGACCUCCGACCUGAGCAUAAAUUAUGCCUGACGGAUUAUGUUUAGUCGAGGAAGCUUAUCAGUUAACAAAUAAGUUUACUAUUUAUUUAUACUAGAGCUCUUUUCCUCUGAUUUAUAACUGUCUCUUAGGAAUAUGGUCAAAGACACUUCUUUGAGAAAGGUUCGAAUUCCUGCAUUCGAAGCCAAGUUUAAUUUUAAAAAGAGAAAAUUAUCUCAUCUGAUUUCUCGUUCAAAUACAAUUUCCGUACGAAUGUA